AUGCUCGCCGGGCGGGCGCCGCCGCUGCAGGCGCUGCUGGGCACCGGCCUCACGUGGGGCCUCACGGCGGCCGGCGCCGCGCUCGUGUUCGUCGUCUCCAGCGGCCAGAGGCGGGUGCUCGACGGGAGCUUAGGCUUUGCUGCGGGGGUCAUGUUGGCAGCCUCUUACUGGUCCCUCCUGGCCCCGGCCAUUGAAAUGGCUGAGGAGUCUGGAAGCUUCGGAGCCUUCGCCUUCCUCCCCGUGGCUGUUGGCUUUGUCCUGGGCGCAGCUUUCGUCUAUUUUGCCGACCUGCUCAUCCCCGUGCUGGGUUUCAGCGGACCUCCCCAUGCAGCCUUCGCCCUGAGCUGUGACCCGCGAGCGGUGAAGGAAAAAUACGAGCACGAAGCCACCCACGAGCUGGAGUAUGAGAGCGAGCUGUCCAUCCGGAUAGGUAGAGCUGGGCUCCAUCCAGACAAAGGGGAGAACGGGGAGCCCUAUCAGCGGAGGAGAGCGGGGGGCUCCGGCCUCCCCGACGGCCCCCCGGCCUCGGCGGCGCCCAGAGACGCGGCCCCCGCGCCCAGCACCAGCAGCUGGAGGCGGAUCCUGCUGAUGAUCCUCGCGAUAACCAUCCACAACAUCCCAGAGGGUCUGGCGGUCGGAGUUGGAUUUGGGGCUGUUGGAAAGUCGGCGUCGGCGACGUUUGAGAGCGCCAGGAACUUAGCCAUCGGGAUUGGCAUCCAGAACUUCCCCGAGGGACUCGCCGUGAGCCUCCCGCUGCGCGGCGCUGGAUUUUCCACCUGGAAAGCCUUCUGGUUCGGGCAGCUGAGCGGCAUGGUGGAGCCCUUAGCCGGCAUCUUCGGUGCCUUCGCCGUGGUGGUGGCAGAGCCUCUUCUCCCCUACGCCUUGGGCUUUGCUGCUGGCGCCAUGGUCUACGUGGUCAUGGAUGAUAUCAUCCCCGAGGCACAAACCAGUGGCAAUGGGAAGCUGGCUUCCUGGACAUCAAUUUUGGGCUUCGUGGUGAUGAUGUCCCUGGACGUUGGCCUCGGGUAACAGCAGGUCACUGCUCCCCAGGAGAAGACUUCAGAGCAAUUUGUGUGGCGGCACGUGGAACUGGACAUACUUUAGACUUUGUAUAUAUUUUUUGAUCUGAUUUGGUGUUGAUUACCUAUAAUUUUAUAUAUCUUUCCCCCAUAACAUAAUGUGGAAGGUUUUCAAAGCACAAAUAUGGGCGUCUUCUGGCAGGUCCUGGUUUCCUUUUGCCACCAGAUUUCCUUUUUCUCUCGGCAGGGUUGUUGGUGAGACGUGUUGACGGGGCUGCAGGGUCCAGUUUGCUUUCCCUUCGGCUCCCGGGCUGUUUCUCUGAGCCAGGUUGCUCUUGGUUUCGAUCAUCUUUGUUUUGCAGAAGAUUAGAAAUCCACUGUCGAGUGUUUGCGCUGCUCUGUGGUUAAGUGCCAAGGUGGUUGAAUGGAGCCAAGUCCUUGAAGAGUCUCAAUGUCCACUCCUGGUUUUGAAGGCAGGUGGAAGGAUUACCCCAAAGGUAACAUAGGCAGCGCUUUGUGGAGUAGCAGG